AUGACUACAGACGUGAAAGAACCCGUUCUCGACACUGAGCUUGGUGUACUCAACAGCACCCCAGCAGAUCCAUACCUCGUCGCUUUCAAUGAACUCGACAGCGAUAAUCCCAAGAACUGGCCCGAAAAGCGGAAAUGGGCGGUAACAAACGUUCUCUCAAUAACAGGCUUCAACCGCAUCCUCGUCUCUACAGUAAUGGCUCCCGCACUCUCUGUCAUCGCUAAGGACCUCGACAUGACAGCGACUCAAUCCGUCAUGGCCCUGAGUAUCUACCUUUUAGCAACUGCCUUUGGUCCUCUGGUCAUUGGACCAUUAUCUGAGGUCUAUGGACGCAAGACAAUUCUUCACGUAUCCAAUAUCUGGUUCCUGGUAUGGAAUCUUGCGUGCGGGUUCGCAAACUCGAAGGAGAUGCUUAUCGGCACACGCUUCCUCGCUGGCUUUGGCGCAAGUGCUGUUUAUGCUCUUGGAGGCGGUGUUCUAGGCGACAUCUGGCGUCCUGACCAGCGUGGCAAGUCUCUUGGAUGGUACUCUGUCAUUCCUCUCAUCGGGGCCGCAACCGGCCCUAUCAUUGGCGGUUUCAUGACUGAUCGGAUUUCUUGGCGAUGGAUGUUCUGGUCUACUUCCAUGUUCCAAGUCGCAAUGGCUGCUAUCUCUUUCACCACGUUCCGCGAGACAUACGCCCCUGCAAUUCUUAAGAAGCGGGCUAAGAAAUUGCGCAAAGAGACCGGCCAGCCAUAUUAUACUUACGCGGAGCGAACACAAGAGGGACAUACUUUGAGAAAGGUCCUCACCCAAGCUAUGACCCGUCCCCUUCGUCUUUUAGCCUUCCAUCCCAUCAUCCAAGUCGCUGCUGUCAUCUCCGCCAUUGGCUAUGGUCUUUUGUACAUCGUUCUCUCAAGUUUCGCAGAGAUUUGGACACAGCAAUAUGGACAAUCGGUUGAGAUAAGUGGCCUCCACUACAUCUCAUGUGCAUUGGGUGAAUUAGCAGCGUCACAAAUCGGCGCGCCGUUGAUGGACUACUGGUUCCGUAGAACUGAGCGUCGCAAUGGCCAGCAUCUACCAGAAAACAGAGUACCACUUAUGGCGAUGGGUGCUUUCAUCGCGCCAAUUGGCUUCAUCGUCUAUGGCUGGUGCGCUGAGUUCAGAGUCCACUGGGCAUGGGUUGAUGUAGCCAUGUUCAUUACCUGUUUCGGCAUGCAGAUCUCUGGUAUGCCGUUGCAAGCGUACUUGAUCGAUGCUUAUCCGGAUCAUACUUCAAGUGCUAUCGCGGCGGAGCAGUUUCCUCGCAGUCUGGCUGCUUUCUUGUUCCCGCUGUUUACGCCAAAGAUGUAUGCUGCUCUUGGGUAUGGAUGGGGGAACAGUGCUAUGGCGUUUGCCGAGCUGGCGCUCGAGUUGGCUGCGCCGUUGUUGCUGUGGAAGGUUGGAGCAAGCCUACGUGCGAGGGCAACGUCGAGUCUAUAG